UAAAGACCACAGACACAGUGAAGGAAAUAGUGGAGAGAAGUCCCACAGCUCUCUGUGGGAACCUUCUUUUGAUCAAAUACUGCAACAUGUGAGCUCCGAAUAUUGAAAUGGGACAAAAUCUUGAAGUUUUAACAGUGAAACAGAGUGAAGUGCGACAUAAUCACCCAACAAGGGAGAAGCACGAGUUGUAAUUAGUUGUCCUGUAAAUGGCCUCUUUUCCCCUCCUCCCCCUUCCUCUCCUGAUCCUCCUCCUGCUCCCUUUCUCCUCCUUGUUCUACAUUCAAAGAGCAACAGGUCUGACGCCUGUCCAUGCAUGACUGUGCAAACGAGGUGGCUGUUGAAGGCCUGCAUCUCUGACUCAGUAUUUUCACUUCAUCCAUUUGAUUUUUUUUCUUUUUUUCUGUAAAUUGGGGCAAUAAUGUUUCGGACAGCAGUGGAGCACGCUAAGAAGCACCCUGGUCUCAUCCCCCAGUUCUUCUUUAUCUGCUUGGGAAUGGGCGGAGCUUCUUUAUAUCUGAUGCGGCUGGCCAGAGGACCCCAUGUCACCUGGAACAAGACUAGCAACCCUGAGCCUUGGAAUAAACUUGACCCCACAUACCAGUACAAGUUUGUGGCCAUCACCACGGACUACAAAAAUCUGAAGAAGGAUGGACCUGAGUUUUAAAUCUAACAAUUCAAACAUAUUUAUAAAAUAAAACUAAAAGAAAGUUCUUACCUAGGGUCAGAUGAUUUUAUUUUUUCACAUUUUUAGACAUGCACAACGUGACCCCAGAGCAAAAUGUUUUUGAUCACUUUUGUAGUUUUGAAGCUGUGAUGUUUUAAAGAGGGGCUGAUAAACAAGCCGAAAUGACUUAAAUCCAAACGACAGGUUAUAUGUUGCUUUUCAUACCAACGGUUCUGCAUCAUUUAUAUUAAACAGAAGCUUGGCUGAGAUAAUUAAUAGGUUGAGGAAUUUUAAAUCAGCAGAAAAGCACAAACAAACCCAAAGAAAAAUAAUAUUUAGUUAUGUAAAUGUUUUGGAGAGCCAUAACAGUGUGGGAAACUGUUCAACAGAAAGUGCUCUUUCCUUCUCCCGGAACUAUAAGUUGUCACCACAUUUCAGGAAAGUAAGGAAAGUGAAUUAUGCCAGCGUAAAUAAAAGGUUUCAGUUCUGUUGAGCUUCAUUACUGAGAGACUCUUUGGGAACUAACUUUAUUUUAUGGUUGACAAACAUGACUGUAAGCUCAGCUGCCACUAACUUUCUGUUAGUUCUGAAAAAAUGGUACAGUAAUUAAGCUGGAUGUUUUUAUUAAAUGAUUUUCUGACUCAA